AUGGCCCCCUCCGCUACCGCCGCUACCCCCGCCGCCAAGGCCGGUGCCUUCGACGUUGCCACCCUCUUCGUCGCUGACCAGGCCGCCCGUGACGAGGCCCAGCUCGCCCUUGCCGCCGCCGUCAAGGCCGAGCCCGUCGAGUUCCUUGGCUCCAUCGGCUACGUUGACGCCGCUAUCAAGGCUCUCCAGUCCAAGAAGGACGUCGCCGCCCGUGAGGCCGCUGCCGCUUCGGUCUCGGUCCUCAUCGAGAACGGUGCCGGCCAGAAGCUCGAGCCCUACGUCAUCUCGGCUGCCCCCAACGGCCUCUUCGCCACCCUCCUUACCACCUUCGGUGACAAGGAGAAGGGUCCCCGUGAGGCUGCCGUCGCCGCCACCAAGGCCGUUGCCCAGGCCAUGAACGCCGCCGGUACCCCCGUCAUCCUCCCCGCUCUCCUCGAGACUGUUGUUUCGGGCGGCAAGCACACCGCCAAGCUCGGUGCCCUUGAGGUUAUCCAGCAGCUCAUCACCUCGGCUCCUGCCCAGAUGGCCCUCCAGACCCCCGCCAUUGUCCCCGUCCUUGCCGGCUCGGUCCACGACACCAAGAAGGAGGUCCAGAAGCUCUCGAAGGACGUCCUCAAGACGACCUGUGCCCUUUGCGAGAACCCUGACAUUAAGAAGUUCAUCCCCGCUCUCCAGAAGGCUCUGAUCAACCCCGUCGAGGAGGUUCCUAAGACUAUUACUCUUCUCUCUGCUACUACUUUCGUUUCCGAGGUCACCUCGCCGACCAUCAGUCUGAUUGCCCCCCUCCUCAUCCGUGGUCUUGACGAGCGUCUUACUGCUACCAAGCGUAAGGUUUCGGUCAUUUCCGACAACAUGUCGAAGCUCGUCGACUCGGAGUACACCGUCCGUCCCUUCCUUCCCGAGCUCCUCCCCCGUCUUAUCAAGACCGCCGACACCAUUGCCGACCCCGAGGCCCGCUCGGUCGCCAUGCGCGCCAUUGCCACCCUCCGUCGCAUCGGUAAGGUCCCCGCCGAGUCUGACGGUUCGGACCUCCCCCCUCUCCGCAUCGCCCAGGGUGAGGAGCUCGCCGCCGACCUUGUUGCCGAGCUCAAGAAGGUUGCCCCCACCGCCGACGCUGCCAACCCCGCCAUCGCUUACGCUGGUGUCCUUGCCGCUUCGCUCGUCAACAUCCACGACUACUCGCAGAACCUCUGGGAGGCUACCGUCCCCGCCUACCUCCAGGUCGCCCUUCCCGGCGUCGACGUCUUCCCCGCCGUCCGUGAGGUUCUCCAGAAGAAGGCCGACGAGGAGUCGACCGACGAGAUCAAGUUCGACGACGAGGAGGAGGGUGAGGACCUCUGCAACAUUGAGCAGUUCAACCUUGCCUACGGUGCCAAGAUCCUGCUCCACCACGCCAACCUCCGUCUCAAGCGUGGCCACCGCUACGGUCUCCUUGGCCGUAACGGUUCGGGCAAGUCGACCCUCAUGAACGCCAUUGUCAACAACCAGGUCGAGGGCUUCCCCGACCCCUCGCAGGUCCGUACCUUCUACGUCCAGCACGACAUCGACGGCUCGGAGGAGUCCAUCUCCAUCGUCGACUGGGUUCUUGCGGACAAGCGUCUCCUUGCCACUCCCGAGGAGAUCGUCUCGACCCUCGAGUCGGUCGGCUUCGACGCCGACAAGCAGAAGCACUCGAUCGGUUCGCUUUCGGGUGGUUGGAAGAUGAAGCUCGCCCUUGCCCGCGCCAUCCUGUUCAAGGCCGACAUUCUCCUCCUCGACGAGCCCACUAACCACUUGGACGUCGUCAACGUCACCUGGCUCAUCGACUACCUCACCUCGCUCACCACCUGUACCUCGAUCAUGGUCUCGCACGACUCGGACUUCCUUAACCGCACCAUCACCGACGUUCUCCACCUCAACAACUUCAAGCUCAAGCGUUACCCCGGUAACCUCGAGAAGUUCGUCGACAUGGUCCCCGAGGCCCGUGCCUUCUUCCAGCUCGACGUCGCUGAGGACUACAAGUUCACCCUCCCCAACCCCCCUCUUCUCGACGGUGUCAAGACCAAGGAGAAGUCGCUCCUCAAGAUGAAGCAGGUCGCGUUCCAGUACCCCGGUGCGCCCGUGCAGCAGCUUUGGGACAUCAACCUCCAGGUCUCGCUCUCGUCGCGUGUUGCCGUCCUUGGUCCCAACGGUUCGGGCAAGUCCACUCUUGUCAAGCUCCUUACCGGCGAGACUGAGCCCAACCUUGGCGGUACCGUCUGGAAGCACCCUAACCUCGUUAUUGGUUACGUUGCCCAGCACGCUUUCCACCACAUCGACCAGCACCUCGACUCGACUCCCCUCGAGUACAUGCUCUGGCGUUACCAGACCGGUGAGGACCUCGAGGAGCUUUCCAAGGCUACCCGUGUCCUUUCCGAGGAGGAGAAGAAGAAGAUGGCCGAGGGUGCCGUCGUCGUCAUCGAGGGCGUCAAGCGCUUCAUUGAGGAGCUCGUUGCCCGUAAGAAGCUCAAGCAGUCGUACGAGUACGAGGUUUCGUUCAAGGGCCUCUCGUCGGCCGAGAACAUGUGGCUGUCGCGUGACGAGCUUGUCUCGCGUGGCUUCGAGAAGAAGGUCAUCGAGCUCGACACCCGUGAGGCCCAGCGUCUUGGUCUCAUGCGUCCCCUCGUCCGUCGCGAGAUUGAGAAGCACUUCGCCGACUUCGGUCUCGAGUCCGAGUUCGUCUCGCACAACUCCAUGCGUGGUCUCUCCGGUGGCCAGAAGGUCAAGGUCGUCCUUGGUGCCGCCACCUGGCGUCGUCCCCACGUCAUCUGUCUUGACGAGCCCACCAACUACCUCGACCGCGAGUCGCUCGCUGCCCUCAUCGCUGCCCUCAAGGCCUUCGACGGUGGUGUUCUUAUCAUUACCCACAACCAGGAGUUCUCCGAGUCCAUCUGUACUGAGGUCUGGGCCAUGUCCGACGGUCGCCUCCGUGCUUCGGGCCACAACUGGGUUGAGGGCCAGGGCACCGGUGCUCGCAUUGACAAGGCCGCCGACGGCGAGGAGGAGGAGGUGAAAUACGACGCCUUGGGCAACCCUAUCGCCUCUGCCAAGAAGGAGAAGAAGAAGUCUGCCGCCGACCUCCGCAAGGCCAAGAAGGACCGUAUGGCCCGUCGCAAGCGUGGCGAGGAGGUUUUCACCGACGAGGAGCUUUAA